AUGAAUAAGAAAGGGACAAAGACAGGCCGAGACGACUACGGGCCCCCCAGGGGGGGUCCUACAUCUGGAACGGGCGGAAUGUAUAUAGGAGAUUCCCAGUCGCAAGGAGAGACAGAAAUAGAUCAAGGAGCCAGGAAGAGCGGAAAGGAGGAUAGAUCUCAACAACUCGAUUAUCAGGGUAGUAAGGAGGGAAGACCGAACACCAGCAACAUUCAGCCUCGAACACCACCAGGCAGGACUCUGACAAAUCUCAAAACAGCCCAAGGAAUUUCCGGAGGAGUCCUCAAAGAAACAGGGAUGAGCAACUGCAAGAAGAACAACAGAACUCCGGUAGGGAAAACGGAUCCAGCGUAUCGAGACAUGUAG